AUGGCCAGAGCCACAGUGGCCACAGCAGCAGACUCCCCACAGGCCAGAUUCCCAGGGGCCACAGCAGCAGACUCCCCAGUGGCCACAGCAGCAGACUCCUCAGAGGCCAGAGCCCCAUUGGCCACAGCUGCAGACUCCUCAGAGGCCAGAACAUUUACAUUUACAUCAUUUAGCAGACGCUCUUAUCCAGAGCGACUUACAAAUUGAAGAACCCCAGGGGCCACAGCUGCAAACUCCCCAGAGGCCAGAACCCCAGGGGCCACAGCUGCAGACUCCUCAGAGGCCACAGCCCCAGAAGCCACAGCUGCAGACUCCCCAGAGACCAGAGGCCCAGGGGCCACAGCUGCAGACUCCCCAGAGGCCAGAGCCCCAGGGACCACAGCUGCAGACUCCUCAGAGGCCACAGCCACAGAAGCCACAGCUGCAGACUCCCCAGAGACCAGAACCCCAGUGGCCACAGCAGCUGAAUCCCCAGAGGCCAGAGUCCCAGGGGCCACAGCUGCAGACUCCCCAGAGGCCAGAGCCCCAGGCGUUACCUCUGCAGACUCAGAGGCCAGAGUCCCAGGGGCCACAGCUGCAGACUGCUCAGAGACCAGAACCCCAGAGGCCACAGCAGCAGACUCCCCAGAGGCCAGAGCCCCAGAGACCACAGCUGCAGACUCCCCAGAGCCCAGAGCUCCAGAGGCCACAGCAGCAGACUCCCCAGAGGCCAGAGCCCCAGAGACCACAGCAGCAGACUCCCCAGAGGCAAGAGCCCCAGGGGCCACAGCAGCAGACUCCCCAGUGGCCACAGCAGCAGACUUCCCAGAGGUCAGAGCCCCAGGGGUCACAGCUGCAGACUCCUCAGAGGCCACAGCCACAGAAGCCACAGCUGCAGACUCCCCAGAGACCAGAACCCCAGUGGCCACAGCAGCUGAAUCCCCAGAGGCCAGAGUCCCAGGGGCCACAGCUGCAGACUCCCCAGAGGCCAGAGCCCCAGGCGUUACCUCUGCAGACUCAGAGGCCAGAGUCCCAGGGGCCACAGCUGCAGACUGCUCAGAGACCAGAACCCCAGAGGCCACAGCAGCAGACUCCCCAGAGACCAGAGCCCCAGAGACCACAGCAGCAGACUCCCCAGUGGCCACAGCAGCAGACUCCUCAGAGGCCAGAGACCCAGGGGCCACAGCUGCAGACUCCCCAGAGGCCAGAGCCCCAGAGACCACAGCAGCAUACUCCCCAGAGGCAAGAGCCCAAGGGGCCACAGCAGCAGACUCCCCAGAGGUCAGAGCCCCAGUGGCCACAGCUACAGACUCCCCAGAGACCAGACCCCCAGAGGCCACAGCAGCAGACUCCCCAGUGGCCACAGCAGCAGACUCCUCAGAGGCCAGAGAUCCAGGGGCCACAGCUGCAGACUCCCCAGAGACCAAAACCCCAGAGCCCACAGCUGCAGACUCCUCAGAGGCCAGAGACCCAGGGACCACAGCUGCAGACUCCCCAGAGGCCAGAGCCCCAGGGGCCACAGCUACAGACUCCCCAGAGACCAGAGCCCCAGAAGCCACAGCAGCAGAUUCCCCAGUGGCCACAGCAGCAGACUCCUCAGAGGCCAGAGACCCAGGGGCCACAGCUGCCGACUCCCCAGAGGCCAGAGCACCAGGGGCCACAGCUACAGACUCCCCAGAGACCAGAGCCCCAGAGGCCACAGCAGCAAACUUCCCAGUGGCCACAGCUGCAGACUCCCCAGAGGCCAGAGCCCCAGUGGCCACAGCUGCAGACUCCCCAGAGGCCAGAGCCCCAGUGGCCACAGCUGCAGACUCCCCAGAGGCCAGAGCCCCAGGGCCACAACUGCAGACUCCCCAGAGGCCAGAGCCCCAGGGCCACAGCUACAGAUCCCCAUAGGCAGAGCCAGGGCCACAGCGCAGACUCCCCAUAGGCCAGAUCCCCAGGGCCACGCAGCAGACUCCUCAGAGACCAGAGCCCCAGAGGCCACAGCUGCAGACUCCCAGAGCCAAGCUCCAGAGACCACAGCAGCAGAACUCCCCAGAGGCAGAGUCAGGGGCCACAGCAGCAGACUCCCCAGAGGUCAGAGCCCCAGGGGCCACAGCUACAGACUCCCCAGAGACCAGAGCCCCAGAGGCCACAGCAGCAGACUCCCCAGUGGCCACAGCAGCAGACUCCUCAGAGGCCAGAGAUCCAGGGGCCACAGCUGCAGACUCCAGACCGCCCAGAGCAGCGCAGAUCCAGACCAAGCCCAGGGCCACAGCUAGCAGACUCCCCAGAGAGACCCAGAGCCAACCAGGGGCCACAGCUGCAGACUCCCCAGAGGCCAGAGCCCCAGGGGCCACAGCUGCAGACUCCCCAGAGGCCAGAGCCCCAGUGGCCACAACUGCAGACUCCCCAGAGGCCAGAGCCCCAGUGGCCACAACUGCAGACUCCCCAGAGGCCAGAGCCCCAGUGGCCACAGCUACAGAUUCCCCAUAGGCCAGAGCACCAGGGGCCACAGCUGCAGACUCCCCAGAGGCCAGAGCCCCAGUGGCCAGCAGUAAUCAAAACUCCAGAUCAGAGAUGUCAAGUAGGGGCUCAGGAUAAAGUGCAAUGUGGAAUCCCUGAUAUUACUCAGGCUCAAUGUCAGGCUAUCGACUGCUGCUUCAAUGGACAGCAGUGCUACUAUGGGAAGGCAGGUGAGUGUCUGACAUUGCGUCUGUCUUGUAAUGCUCAGAUAAUAUUUGAACAAAACAUUUACUUUUUCCUCUCUUUCCCCAGUGACUGUGCAGUGUACCAGGGAUGCUCAGUUUGUGGUGGUGGUGGCCAGGGAUGCAACUUGGCCCAAAAUAGACAUUGAUUCCAUCAGUCUGUUGGGGGGAAAUGACAGCCCCUGCAGUCCUGUUGGCAUCACUUCAGCCUUCGCCAUAUACCAGUUCCCUGUCACUGCCUGUGGCACCACUCUGAAGGUGAGUAGAGAGAGAUAAUAUAUAUGUUAUACACUGGCUCAGUAUUAACUGUGGACUCACCCCUGCAGGAGGAAAGUGGUUAUAUGGUUUAUGAGAACAGGAUGGCGUCUUCCUAUAAAGUGGGGAUGGGACCUCGAGGCUCUAUCACCAGGGACAGCUAUUUUGAGUGAGUCUUCUCUCUGUAAGAUUGAAUUUACUUUCUUUUCCCCAGUGGGAAAUCAGAACAUCACAGGCUUGUAAGGACUUAGAUUUAGCCCAAAAAGUAGUGGUACAGUAUGCUUCAAGAUCCUAUUGUAUCACUGCCAUUUUCUCCCUAUCUAGCCUGCUGUUCCAGUGUAAGUACUCUGCCACUGCGGUGAAGGCUUUGGUUAUUGAGGUGAACACUGUUCCUGCACCCGCUCCUGUUGCUGCUCUGGGACCCCUCAGAGUGGAACUCAGACUGGCCAAAGGAACAUGCGACACCAAGGGAUGUAAUAACGGUAAGGUGCAUUUAAUUUCAGGCUUGUUCUGUGUCAAUAUGUAAUAUUUCAAACGCAUGUAGUGAAAUUUUGUUUUUUUCAUUGACUUUUACAAAAGUUCUUCCAAUCCUGUCUGACUUCCAGAGUCCAGAGCCUUCACAUUGUAUUACACUGAAGAAGACUACCCUCUCACUAAAGUCCUGAGGCAGCCUGUGUAUGUUGAGGUGCGCAUCCUGGAGAGGAAGGAUCCCAACCUGGUCCUGAUGCUGGAGCACUGCUGGACCACCUCUGCCCCCAGCCCUGUCAGCAUGCCCCAGUGGGACCUCCUCAUUGAAGAGUGAGUAACUACAGGACUAAUCAACCUGCUUUCUAUGAUUUGUGCUCCCUGAUUAUACGUCUUGCUCUUUUUACUAAUACUGUAUGUAUUAUGAACAAUAUGUUUGAGAUCUCUUCAUUAUGUGACAUCAGAAGACAUCAUGUACCACUAUGUAUUUUGAAUUGAGACUUACAUGUACACUGAGUGUACAAAACAUUAGGAAUACCUUCCUAAUAUUGAGUUGCACCCCCUUUUGCCCUCAGAACAGCCUCAAUUUGUUGGGCAAUGGACUCUACAAGGUGUUGAAAGCGUUCCACAGGGAUGCUGGCCCAUGUUGACUCCAAUGCUUCCCACAGUUGUGUCAAGAUGGCUGAAUGUCCUUUGGGUGGUGGAGCAUUCUUGAUACACACGGGAAACUGUUGAGGGUGAAAAACCCAGCAGCGUUGCAGUUCAUGAAAAAUUAAAACGGGUGUGCCUGGCACCUACUACCAUAUCCCGUUCAAAGGCAGUUAAACAUUUUGUUUUGCUCAUUCACCCUCGGAAGGGAACCAUACGCAAUCCAUGUCUCAAUUGUCAAAAGGCUUAAAUGUCCUUCGUUAACCUGUCUCGUCGCCUUCAUCUACACUGACUGAAGUGAAUUUAACAGGUGACAUCAAUAAGGGAUCAUAGCUUUCACCUGGAUUCACCUGGUAAGUCUAUGUCAUGGAAAGAGCAGGUGUUCCUAAUGUUUUGUACACUCAGUGUAAAGCGCUUUGGACAGGAAGUGUUGGAUGACAUUUUGCAACAUGAAGUUUCUAUUAUUCCUCUCUCUCUUUCCAGAUGUUCCUACCAGAAUGAUAAUUACCUGACUACCAUGGUCCCUGUGGAAGGUUCCUCUGGCCUUCUGUACCCCAACCACUACAAACGCUUCACCCUCGAGAUGUUCACCUUUGUGGACCACACUCUGUCUCCCCAGAAAGAUCGGGUAAUUGGCUAG